GCUGGGUGUACCCCGUCGGCCGCGCCCGGGUCCGCGAUUUUAAAUAUCGAAUUACGGAUGUUUAAAUUUCGAAUAAGCGUUCUGUGCUAGUGGUGUGUGUGGUGUGAAAUGGAUGCGUUUCUGUGUGAAUGUUCCGUUUUUCCAUGUGACUGUACUUGGACUAACGUGAUGAUUACCCAUUAGACGCCGAGUGGAACACAAAAAUGGUAUACUUAUAGCAUCAAGCAGAACUGGUGGAGAACAAAAUGCUAAUACUGAUCCUUGUCCACUUCGUAUCGCUCCCCGUACUAACCUCCCGAGUCAGAGGUGACACAAUGGAAGAGAAAACGCAACCGUUCAUAAGCUCCAGAGUAGUGAGGACAAAAUACGGUGACAUCAGAGGCUUCAUAGUGACACCAGAAUCGAGGUUUCUAGAACCAGUCGAAGUGUUCCGAGGUGUUCCAUACGCGUCUCCACCAGUUGGCUCUCUGCGAUUCAUGCCCCCGGUAUCGGGAGCUCAGUGGUCGGGUGUCAAAAUUGCGGAGGAGUUCAGUCCGGUUUGUCCACAAGUUCUGCCAGAUAUACGAAAUGAAACGGCGGUUCUGAAGAGGAUAUCUAAGGGCAGACUGGAGUAUUUGAAGAGGAUAUUACCUUUCCUGACCAACCAGUCUGAAGAUUGCCUGUAUUUAAAUAUAUACGCACCCGCGCAAGCAGGUGUACGCGACGCUGUGGCCAGGUACCCUGUACUGGUAUUCGUUCAUGGAGAGAGCUAUGAAUGGAGCUCUGGUAACCCCUACGAUGGCACUGUACUUGCAUCAUACACUGGCCUUGUAGUAGUGACCAUAAACUAUAGAUUGGGGAUACUUGGUUUCCUCAAUCCCCGUUCUGAUGACUUCCCGCGGUCUCCAGCCAACUACGGGAUUAUGGAUCAAAUUGCUGCUCUCCACUGGAUCAAGGAGAACGUGGCUGUAUUUGGCGGGGACCCCACGAAUGUCACCUUGAUGGGCCACGGAACUGGAGCUGCGUGUGUGCACUUCCUGCUUACCUCUUUGGCUGUACCAGAAGGUCUACUCUUCCACAGAGCAAUCCUUAUGUCUGGGUCAGGUCUAAGUCCCUGGUCGUUAGUAGCUGAUCCAAAUAAAUACGCAGCAAUAGUGGCUACUCAUGCUAAUUGUUCGCCAGAUUUAACUCCGCCCGCGUUGCUACGAUGUCUCCGAGAGCGUCCACUCGAAACUUUGCUGUCAGCACCAGUUAAGGCACCUGACUUCUCUUACGCGUUCGGUCCCAGUGUUGAUGGCGUUGUUAUAGAUACAGGAGACAUGAUGGCGAAUCCUGAGUCAGGAUACGACUGGCAGCUAACUCGUGCCUUAAAUGGCAAGCCAGCAACCGCAGUCAACAUCAUCAAUGCUGUUCUGAUGCGUGAGAGCGCUGUCAAUCAACUCACCAAAUAUGACCUGAUGCUCGGAGUAACGAAGGCUGAAGCAUACUUCGCAUUCAGCGGAGACGAUAUUCUCUUCGGUAUAGAAGCGGAUAGACGGUCGAAAAUCCUGAAAGCAUUCGUGAGGAAUACCUACAGCUAUCACCUGUCAGAAAUCCUCGCAACCAUUAUCAAUGAGUAUACAGACUGGGAGAAACCGGUACAGCAUCCAGUUAAUAUAAGAGACGAGACGCUAGAAGCAUUGAGCGACGCUCAAGUCGUGGCUCCCAUAGUGCUGACGGCUGACACACAUUCUGCAUUGCGAAGAAACUCCUACCUGUACGUGUUUGACUAUCAAACGAAGAAUGGGGACUAUCCACAGCGUCAAGGAUGCAUCCACGGAGAGGACUUGCCAUACAUUUUCGGAGCUCCACUAGUCGGCGGGCUGGCGCACUUCCCAACAAAUUACACUAAAGCCGAGGUCGCACUUUCCGAAUCUGUCAUGCUGUACUGGGGCAACUUUGCUAAGACUGGGAAUCCUAAUGAAGCUCAAGAAAGUGACCCCAUUCGCGAUGGUAGACAAGAUAGAAUAAGAAUGAAGAAUUUUGAGUGGACGGCGUAUGAAGAAGUCCAUAAGCGAUACUUGAAUAUCGACCUGAAGUUCAAACUCAAAAACCACUACAGGGCACACAGAUUGUCAUUCUGGUUGAAUCUUAUCCCAGACUUACACCGUCCAGGCGGAGAUGACGUACCCCCAUCACACCACCAAAUCGAGCACGAAGAUUCAUCCUUGCAACCCACAAUAAAAACUUUCACGCCUAUUUUCAAGAAAGCUACUGAAAUGGUCUUCCCAGAUUCGGCUACGAAGGUUCCACUAUUAUCAAUUUUAAAUGUCACUGCUCCAAUGAACUUUAAUGUUAUUGGCAUGAAUGCUGUGACUCAAAGCACUUCAGUAUCUGAAGUGCACAAAUCUGAUACCCACAGCACAUCACCACCGGAAGAUGGUUUUGCUGCAUACUCCACAGCAUUGAGCGUAACAAUAGCCAUCGGAUGUUCUCUUCUAAUUCUUAACGUUCUAAUUUUUGCUGGGGUUUACUAUCAAAGAGAUAAAACCAGAAUGAAUGGUCAAGGCGACCACACGAACGCACAUUUGAAGAAACGCGUAGAAAAUGGACAAAUGCCGAAUAACAUUUGCGGUGAUUUAGAAAGCGCAUUGUCUUUCCAAACAAGUUUAAAAAAUGAUCCAGCUACAAUUCUAAGCCAUCAUCAUACGCAUCACCACCAACUGCCUCCUCCAGAAUUUGCUGAUCUUCCCAGCAAUAAUGUUUCUGGAAUGGCUACUCUGCCACGCGCUCCGCCACCUCCUAAAUUAGGGAAGAGUAAUAUAAAUACAUUAGCUAGUGGUCAAUUGCAGGAAAACCAGCCUUUACUAUCGCAUCAGAUGCAAAUGAUUAAUACGAAUACUUUGACAAAGAAGAACACACAAUUGAACGCAAAAUCGAAUGUGACCAUGGAGGAGCUGCGGGUGUGACGUCAGAGAGCUUGACUGCAGCGUACCGGCAGCUGCAGUGACGUGCGGCACCACGACGAGAUCGUGUGACUCCAGCCGGACCUUCUGCAGGGCGUGUCGGAUUAUAUUUAAUAAUCACGCUCUUUUAGAAGGUGAAAAGACUUUAAACAAUGAACUUGUAGGAAAUAUAGUGAUCGUCAGUUUCGAAUGAACUUUUACUGAUACUGUAUACGCAAUAAUGUUACGACAUCUUUUGUUGUAGGUGUCGAAACGUGAACUUUCGUGAUUAUAAAUUAAUAGAGAAUGUAGUGUUAUUAUUAUCAUAUUUGCGGAAAAACGAAGUCGUAAGUGACCGCAAUAAAAGAAGACUCGUUAUUAGGAAGAGAUAUUAACAGUGAAGUGUUUAAACAUAAGAUAGUGGUACCCUACUCAUAUUGAUAGAUGCGAGUUCUGGUAUUGCACAAUGUUAAGUAGACAUUGUCAUCGAUGUAAAUUUUUGUAUAUAGCGUAAGUGUAAAUAUGAGUAUUGUAAAUAUUUGGCUAAGCCAUAUCCAAGCAGUGUAACUCGAAUAGUAUUUAAAUGAUUUUGUUUUGGAAGGUUUGGUAAAGUUUAGUGAAAGGGAUAUAAUAAUUUGCUAAACAAUGAGUUCGUGUUUCACGUGCUCUCUUGAUCAUGACAUCAUUAUACAAAUUAAUUACUAGAUAACGAAUUCUGAGAAGCUAUUUUCAGAGGAUAUUAGAUGAAUGAUUAAUGAAUUAAAUACCUUUAAAACAAAUUUUACCGCUGAUUUCUUUUGGAAAAAAUCUCUUGUCACUUUGAUUCAAAAUCAAUUUGAAAAUUGCGUGUUAAAUUGGAUGUGUUAUUAUGGUAUAUUUUCAUGUCAAUCAGUCAUAUGAUCUGGUUGUAUUAAUUUUCAUUAUAAAUUAUAUACCAGGAUUGAGAUAAUUAAUUUUAAUUAUUUUAACAUAGACGGACCAAUAGUUUGUGUAAAUAUGUAUAUAGAAUUAGAAAUGGAAAACAGGUUGUAAUGAUCGUGUUACCAAUGUUUAUCUUGUAUCAAAUAAACCCUUUACUGACUGAAUAGAACUUGUCACCAAAACUUUAUUUAAUAUUAUAUAUAUCCCUAAUUAAAUCUUUAAUAUUUUCUUCCAUUUUACAAUAUUGUUUUUAAUUCAUAUAAAUUUA